AUGAUUGUUGUUUUGCAAAAUGUGAUUGUCAAUCUUGAAGAGAAAGUGGCUAGACUUGCCACUAAAGCUAACGAUAACGAACAGUACUCGCGGCGCUAUAACAUUAGAGUAUCUGGUUUUCCCGAAGAAUCAGAUGAGAAUUGUUCUUUGAAGGUUGGCCAACUCUGUCGUGAAACCUUAAUGCUACCAGAUUUUUCUGAGGAACAAAUCGAUAGAAUUCAUCGGGUGGGAAAACCUAGGUCAGAUGGUAAAUCAAGAGCCAUUAUUGUCAGGUUCAAGUCGCACAAAUAUAAACUAAACGUACUGCAAGCAAAGAAUAAAUUAAGGAACACGCCUUUUUCCAUCAAUGAAGAUCUCACAAGACAAAAUCAGCAGCUUUUUUACACUGCUCGUACUGGGUGUACGAACGUGUCUUCUGCGUGGACAAUUGACGGUAGAAUUUUUGCGAAACGACGAUCUGACGACAGGAAGUUUAACAUAGUUCGCCAUACAGAUUUUGAGGA